AUGGAGGAGCAAAGAGAGCGCGCAUACAAGGCGGUUGCCUAUGCAGCUGUUACCUUCUCUCUGAUAUCCAUCUUAUCAGUAUGUAUCACUAUGCCUAUCGUCUAUAGUUUUGUUGAUCAUAUACAGCAACAGACACGGAAGGAUCUUCAAUUUUGCAAAUCCUCAGCAAGAGAUAUUAUGUCGGAAGUAGCCAAGAAACAACCGGUUACUUUUGCUGUUGCUGCAACCAACAGAACAAAAAGGCAAAUUGGAGCCUGUGACAGUUGUUGUAUACCUGGACAUCCUGGACGACCAGGACCACCAGGAACAAAUGGAAAACCAGGCACACCGGGAGCCCCAGGACGGCCUGGUGCACCUGGGCGACCACCAAUAGUUUGCGAAGAGGUUGAUAUUCCACCAUGCAAUCCUUGCCCACCGGGACCACCAGGACCACCAGGACCUAGUGGUAUUCCAGGAAAUCCUGGAAGACCUGGACCACCAGGCAGGCCAGGAAACAGUGGCAGUGCUGGACCACCGGGACCUGUGGGACCACCAGGACCACCAGGACAGCCUGGAGCUGACGGCGAAAGGGGAGAACCAGGAAGGCCGGCAUCAAGUACACCAGUACUUCCAGGCGAUCCGGGCCAACCAGGCGAACCAGGACCGCCAGGUUUACCUGGACCUGAUGGAAGUCCAGGACGAGAUGGACAACCAGGAAGUCCUGGACCAAGUGGACCACCAGGGCCACCAGGACCACCUGGAAGCCCUGGUGCUAAUGGUGAAGCCGGAGCCGCUGGUCAACCAGGACCACAGGGCGAACGAGGUAUCUGUCCGAAAUACUGUGCAUUGGACGGCGGUAUAUUCUUCGAAGACGGAACACGAAGAUAA